AUGUUCUCCCUUCCUAAUCCUCAACCACGGCAACCCCCUCUGCGCCAACCCCUCGACAUCCAACGAAGACCCUCGACAAGAAAAACCCGAGACGCAAACCCCCCUAAACCCCCUUCCCGCUCCUCCUCCUUCUCCUUCAACACUUCAUUUUCAUCCAUCGACUCAGCGACUCAUAACCAUCCUGAUUCAACCCCCAAAUCCCAGCCAAGAUCCAACAGCGGCGGCAACGGCAUCCCCAACCCUUCUGUUCCCACCACCGCCACCUCCACCACCGCAGCGACCAGCAGCCAACCCCCAGAACAACAACCAUCAUUCACUUGUGUGUGGCGAAGUGGUUCUGCGCGGAGAGGAGUGCGAGAAGAGGGGCUUGGGGAUGGGGACAAGGAGGAAAGGGAGAAGGUUGUGGUGAAGAAGGGGUUGGAGAGGAUUGAUAGAGUAGAUGGAGGGUUGACGAGACAGAGGUGGGAAAUGCGGGAGGGCGAUAAGGAGAAGGAAAGGAAGAAAGAGAAAGAGAAGGCUAGAAAUGGUGGUAAGGGUGGUUUAUCGUCGUUGAGGAGGGGCGCGGUGGAUGACAGUUCAUUGACCAGAGAAGAGAUGGCUUCAAGCUCUGGCUCAGACAAACCCGAGACUAUCUACGUCAACAUCUUUGAUCCUGUUGGUCGAGAGGCGUUUAGACCGGGUCUGAUGAAGCCGAUACCGGAUUGGAUGCAGACUGGAGCGCGGGAACAUCUCGAUCACAAAACCGGGACUAUCAACUCGAGGCAUGAUAAGUCCAGAGAGACAAUUUCGACGCCGCGACCCAUCAGUCAAGGAUUAUCCGAGGGUUCGUCUACUGCUACGGUUAUCCAAACGCUACCUCAGCCGGCAGCUACUCAUGCUCUCAUCCGUCGACAAUCAGGCGCGAUAUCACCCCGCGCAACAAGCCCAGAGCCGUCCGACGAUGCUUUAUCGCGGCCCUCCUCAGUCCUUGGCCGACGAACUCCUAAUCUUCGCACCGGUACUUCCUUCGUGAGCGAACAACCGCUCAUCGUCCCUUCUAUGUCCUCCAGCCAUCCCAAGGAAACGACCAAAAACUCAGCCGAAAACUCAGCCAGAGACUCAUGGCCCUCAACAGACUCCAAUGUCUCCUCAAAUCCCAUUACUUCCUCUUGCAACAAUCAAUCAGAAACCCUGUCUCGUCCUUCAUCCGUCCGAAACGUCGCCACCAUUUUCGAAAGAGGCAUCGCAAGCAAAGACCAGCGCCACACACCUACAAACCAACCACUCCCUCUCCUACGCGUCCUCCAACAGCCCUAUCGUCCACUGACUCCCACCAGCUCCGACACUGGCUUUCCCUCUUCUCCUCCUCAUCUUCAAUCAAACAACCUAGCAAAAAGACAGCAGAGAGCACAAACCCACGAGCUUGGGGCAGCAAGUAUGCCAAAGCCAAUCCAGAUCUGGAGAAGUGGCCAGGCAGGGCCAAAAUCCCAAAUCAACCGGAUGGGCUCCGCAACGGUUUCGAUACCUGUUGUAUCAACUAGCUCCGAGUAUCUGGAGCGGUAUCAGCCCGUCAAGGCUUCAACAAGUCUUCUUCCUUCUUCCUCCCCGGCACAGGUGACUCGGUCAUCGGUACGCUCGAUUCGGGUAGGUGGACCUGGUGUGAGCGCUAUCACGAGGGGGUGGGAGAGUCAACUCAGUAACAACACAUCUUCGGGAGAAACUGAGAGUGACUUUCUGGCAAAUCAGGUUUCGGUGUACUCGACUUCUCAACCACCGUCGUCGUUUUUGCAGUCAUCAUCCCAUAUUGGAGAAAGAACCUCCAUCCGGAGGUCUGUGUCACAUUCCAUACGUCGAGAAGGGGCUUUUGAUGAGGGGGAGGGAGAAGGUGUAGGAGUAGGGCAGUCCUUUCAUCCAGCAGAGCCGUAUCCGACUACAAACGGACAAGCAACAAUCCGCCGGUCGAUAUCGCACUCUCUGCGCAGGGAAGGGGCGCAUGAUCAUGGACAAAAUCACCACUUCACAUCCCACUCUCAGUCACCUCAGUCACCAACUCUGCCGCCGAGAAGCCUACCAUACAGUAGUACCCACAACAGUUCGCCCAACGGUCCCACAUCUCCCACUCCACUUAACAUCACCGUCCAAAGAAAACUGACCAGGAACAACAGCAAGGGGGAACCAACUAUCGGGAAACCGGUGGUAACCGCUGCUUCUACCAGUGCCAAAGAAACAGAAGGAGCAACCUCAUCGCCGGAAUCCACUCCUGGCACGGAAACUAGGGAGGAGAAAGGAGAAGGAGGAGGUAGCUACCUGGAGGUAGCUGAUGUGUGUGCGGGUGAGUUGAAAGAUUGA